CACAUCAUGUCCAAGAAGGACGAGGACGGCGACUACAAUCCGUACGCGUCCAUAGACAAGAGCGCGGUCGUGCAGGAGGCGCGCCAGGCGUUCAACGAGACGACCAUCAACCCGCGUCGAUGCAAUCUCGUGCUCAACAAGCUGCUCUUCCUGCUGUAUAGCGGCGAGCCGCUUGGCACCACCGAGGCAACCGAGACCUUCUUUGCCAUCACAAAGCUCUUCCAGUGCAAAAAUAUUACCAUCCGACGGCUCGUUUACUUGGCCAUCAAGGAACUCGCCAAGGUCGCCAAUGACGUGAUUAUCGUCACGAGCAGUCUCACGAAGGACAUGACGGCCAAGGAGGACAUGUACCGGCCUGCGGCCAUUCGCGCCUUGUGCCGAAUCACAGAUAGCACCAUGCUCCAAGGCAUCGAGCGAUACAUGAAGCAAGCCAUUGUCGACCGCAACCCCGCGGUGAGCAGUGCCGCGCUUGUCUCGUCGUUGCACUUGCUCGGCAGCAACCAGGACAUCAUCAAGCGAUGGGUGAACGAGAUCACGGAGGCCCUGAACGGCAAGACGCUGAUGGCGCAGUACCACGCACUCGGCCUGCUGUACCACAUCAAGCAGCGCGAUCGCCUGGCCGUCACCAAGCUCGUCACCUCGCAGACCAAGGGCUCGCUUCGAUCGUCGCUGGCGUACUGCAACCUGAUCCGGUAUGCUGUCGGCUCGAUGCAAGACGACCCUGCCCUCUACAAUGAGCUGCUGCAGUUCCUCGAUCUCUGCCUGCGCCACAAGAGCGAGCUCGUCGUGUACGAGGCCGCGCGUGCCAUUUGCUCGCUGAAGAAUGUGACCAACAAGGACAUCAUCCCGGCCCUGAGCGUCAUGCAGCUCUUCCUCACGGCCCCCAAGUCCAUUAUGCGCUUUGCCGCCGUCCGCACGCUCAGCCAGGUCGCCAACCGCUACCCGACGGCUGUUGCUGUCACGAACAUUGAGCUUGAAAACCUCAUCCAGGACUCCAACCGCUCCAUUGCCACGCUUGCCAUCACGACGCUGCUCAAGACGGGUCGCGAAGCGAGCGUCGACCGUCUCAUGACUCAAAUCACUCCCUUCAUGUCGGAGAUUUCGGACGAGUUCAAGAUUGUUGUCAUUGAUGCCAUUCGCACCCUGUGUCUCAAGUUCCCGCAAAAGCACAUUGUCGUGCUCGACUUUCUGUCGGCCGUCUUCCGCGACGACGGCUCGUUCGAGUACAAGAAGGCGAUUGUGGACACCAUCACAUCCAUCAUCCACGAAAUCCCCGCUGCGCGCGAAAUUGCGCUCAACCACCUCGCCGAAUUUGUGGAAGACUGCGAGCACCCCGCGCUGUCCGCUCGCGCUCUGCACAUGCUCGGCCGCCUGGCGCCCCAGAGCUCCUUCCCCUCGCGCUACGUGCGCAUCAUUUACAACCGCGUCGUGCUUGAGAGCCCCAUCGUUCGCGCUGCUGCCGUCAGCUCGCUCGCCAAGUUUGCUGUCAGCCCCAACAGCUCCAACCUGGCGCCCAUGAUUAUUGCCCUGCUUUCGCGCUGUCUGCACGACACGGACGACGAAGUUCGUGAUCGCGCGGCCUUCUACCUCCGCGUGCUGAGCUCGGACGAGGCCCACGUCAAGUCGUUCAUCAUGAGCGACCUGCCGUACUCGAUCACCGCCCUCGAGCGCUCGCUCGUCGACUACCUCAAAAACCCGAGCGCCACGCCCUUCAAUCUCAAAACGGUGCCGCUCCAGGCUCCGUCGGCCAAGCCCGAGUUCUCCAAGGCCGACAUUAUGGCAGGAGUUGUCCCCAGCUCGGCCGCUGUCGCUGGCUCGGCCGCCGCGCUCGCCGCUGCCGGUGGCAUUGCUGCCGUCGGUGGUGCUGCGGGCAUCAACCUCUCGGCUGCCCAGCAGCAAGAUCGCAACGCCGCACGUCUGGCGGCCCACCCUGAGCUCGGCCAGCUUGGCCCGCUCUUCCGCAGCUCCAAGCCGACACCACUUACCGAGGCUGAGACCGAGUAUGUCGUGUCCUGCACCCGACACAUUUUCUCGAGGGCUGUCGUCUUUGAGUACGAGCUCACAAACACGCUCAACGACCAGCUGCUCGAGGAUGUCAAGGUUCAACUCGACUGCCCCGACGGCUUCAUUGUUCGCAAGGUCAUUCCUGCCAAGUCUCUCCCCUAUGGCAAGCCCGCGUUCAGCUAUGUUGUUGUGGAGUUGCCCCAGGAUCCCAAGAUUGUCUCGGGAACCUUCUCCAACACACUCAAGUUCCUCGUCAAGGACUGCGACCCGAACACGGGCGAGCCGGACGACGAACAGGGCUACCCCGACGAGUACCUUGUUGAGGAUGUCGAACUGCAAGUCUCAGACCAGGUGGUUCCGAUCGAAUUCCCUGACUUUGCCGCUGCUUGGAACGCAUUGCCACAAGACUCGGAGGUGUCGGACACGUUCGAGCUGGCUUCCAUGAAGUCUCUGGAAGAGGCUGUUUCGACUGUUAUUGGCUUCCUGGGUCUUUUCUCGUGCGGACGGCCGCAGCCAAACGCGUCAAAGUCGGCACAAGCCCUGCAACUGUCGGGUGUCUUCCGUGGUGGAGAUCAGGUGCUUGUCAAUGCCAAGCUCCUGUUCAAGGGUCCCGGCGAAGGCGUUGCCAUGCAAUUGACUGUGCGGAGCUCCAAUUUGCAAACAAGCGAAAUCAUUGCAUCGGCUGUCGGGUGAGGCAGAUGCCUUUGGGUCUCCCAUGUGCUAUGCUCUGAGCGCGUCUUCUUGCAGCGUACUCAUUGUUAUUAUUUUGAGUUUGUGGCAACGUGUGUUUUCGGUUUUUUUUUUUCCCCGUGUCCCUUGUCGUUGUUCCUUAUAAAGUUUCUUUUGGUGUG